AUCGCGGAAACGAUUGACAUAAUCAAGCAUUAUACAAAGCUCCCUGAUGAGAUUGUGGACGACCUAGCCGGUAUCAUCGAUAACCCAGAGAAUGGAAGGUCACUUGAUAUAGCACUGCAUCGUGGAUUCGACAGCUACACAUGGUGUCUACAGACUCUACAACCCACAGUAUGGUUAGGUUUUUGUCGUAAAAUUUCAGGUACUUAUACCCUUGAAAGGACGUCUUGCACAAAUACAAAGUGCAACGGCUACGCCAUGUCCCUUUGCACAAGGAGAAUUUCACGGAAGUGCAAUUCCGGGAUCACUCUCGAGAUGGUAUUCCGUUUCCCAACCCUACGCUCAUUGCGCUCCAUUCUGCGGUUGCUCAUGUCCUAUACAUCAGUGGCGCUGCAGAAGUCAUAGACAAGGUUUAUGAUGUGUUCUCUUAUGAAGGUCCUACAGUACCAUCUGGAAAUCGUGCUAGCGAGUAUGAUUUCCGUAUCAGACUCUCAUUGAUUGGCUAUUUUUAAAAACAAACACCGAUUACCAACGAUUCCUCAUGAGAUGUGUUAGAAGCUAAG